AUGCCUUGCUAUUUUGCCAUUAUUGGUGCUAAAGACAAUCCUAUAUACGAAGCGGAAUUUACUAAUCCUCACUUGAAUCAAUUUCCUCCGGAACUCAAGGAACUCAACCCAUUUAUACUGCAUGCGUCGUUGGAUAUCUUAGAAGACCUGCAAUGGCAAACACAUCCCCAAUCGGGGGCACAUUCGGGAACGAAUAGUGGGUUUCUGCGAUCCAGACACUCAUCGAGUAAUAGUAACUGCUACUUGGGUAAAAUUGACCAUUUUUACGGCUUGGCCAUCACCGGUUAUCUCUCAUAUGGUAAUAUGAAAUUUGUCAUGGUUCACAGCGGAAAUGCUAACAAUGGGUCGCCUGUAGUGGUUGACGAUGUUUCGGUGAAAAGCUUUUAUCAAGAAGUGCAUGAGCUGUACGUUAAGACUCUAAUGAACCCAUUCUACACCCUAAAUGAACCCAUCACAAGUCCUGUCUUCGAUGGACGAGUGCGAGCACUGGCCAAAAAACUUUUGACGAAGUAA